CCUAAAAAGUGACUGAGCUACAAGUACGGGCUUGAAAGGCUUCCUUGAGCUGUGAUGUGAGGAGCAGCAUCUCCUGCCCUAUAUGGAACAAAAUUGGUUCAUUCUUCGAGUUCUGUUGGGGAGGAGGAGAAAACGCUGCUGAAGAUGAGAGACGUUGCGUUCUGGCUCAUCGUUUUCUUCUCCAUCACUGAGGGCAGCGAAGGCCUCUUGCGGAGAAAUGAUGGUUUUGCAUUAAAAAGAGACCUCAUCAUGAACAAGAGAAAACAUCCUGGUCCCGCUCGAGAAUAUGAAUUGUUGCUUCAGGUGACUUAUAGAGAUUCCAAAGAGAAAAAAGACUUAAAGAACUUUCUGAAGCUCUUAAAGCCUCCAUCGUUAUGCUUACAUGGACCAAUGAAGGUGAUCCGAGCAAAGACUACCACAUAUUGUGGCUACCAGAAUGGGGGUCUACAAUGUGCCUGUGAAGAUGACUAUACCUGGUUUCCAACCUCCUGCCUUGAUCCCCAGGAAUGCUUCUUUUCCAAUAAUAGAUUACUCCAAAAUUGUACCUGUCAUCUCAACAACCUCACCCAAAGUGUCAACUUCUGUGAAAGAUCAAAGGUGUGGGGCAUAUUCAAAAUUAAUGAAAGAUUUACAAGAAACCUUUUGAAUUCAUCCUCUGCUAUAUACUUCAAAUACACAACUGGAAUUGAAACUAAGCUUAAGGAAGUGUACAACAGAAUUCAAGGCUUUGAGUCAGUUCGUGUGUCCCAGUUUCGGGGCGACAGCAGUAUUAGUGCUGGGUAUGAAGUUGUGGGAUCCAUCAGCACCUCUGAGCUGCUGUCAGCCAUCGAGCAGAUGGCUGAGGAGGCCAAGGCAGCUCUCCACAAGCUGUUUCCACUAGAAGAUGACUCUUUCCAGGUGUUCAGGAAAGUCCAGUGUAACAGCAUAGUAUUUGGAUUUGGAACUCAGAAUGAUGAAUAUACUCUUCCCUGUAGUAGUGGCUACACGGGACUCAUCACAGCCACGUGCCAGCCCUCUGGGUGGCAGAUUCUCAGGGAGACUUGUGUGUUCUCUCAGCUUGAAGAAUUGAAGGAGAAUUUUAGCAUGAUCUCAAGCAAUGCCACUGAGGCAGAUAUGUCAUCUUUGGUGCGAAACCUCUCAGUGGUCAUUCAGCAAAGCCCAGGAACCACAGCUGGGGAUCUGGCUUCAGUGGUAUCAAUUUUGGGCAACAUUUCAUCACUGUCUAUGGCAAGUCUUUUCAACGUGUCCAAUUCAACAAUGGAGGAUGUCAUUAAUAUAGCUGACCAUAUCCUUAAUUCAACAUCAGUAACAAACUGGACAAUAUUACUGCAGGAAGAUAAAUAUGCCAGCUCACAGUUACUAGAGACAUUGGAAAACAUCAGCAUUCUGGUGCAUCCAACAGCACUGCCUCUUAAUUUUUCGCGAAAAUUUAUUAAAUGGAAAGGCGUUCCAGUAACUGAAAGUCAAUUCAGGGAAGGUUACAGCUAUCAGACUGAAGUGUUUGCAAAAAAUACUUUCACUCCCAUCAGAGGACAUGUGUUAAUUGGAUCAGAUCAGUUCCAGAGGUCUCUUCCAACAACUAUCAUCAACAUGGCCUCAUUGACAUUGGGAGACAUUCUACCUAUUCCCCAAAUUGGAAAUGCUCAAGUUAAUGGGCCUGUGAUAUCUACAAUUAUCCCAAACUAUUCCAUAAAUGAAAUUUUCCUGAGUUUUUCCAAGCUACAAUCAAAUCUGAGUCAGCCACUUUGUGUGUUUUGGGAUUUCGGUCUCUUGCAGUGGAACAAUGCAGGCUGCCACUUAGUGAAUGAAACCCAUGACACAGUCAUGUGCCGAUGUACUCACCUGACCUCCUUCUCCAUACUGAUGUCACCAUUUGUGCCGCCUGCUAUCAUUCCCACUGUCAAAUGGAUCACCUUUAUGGGACUGGGCACCUCCAUUGGAAGUCUCAUUUUAUGUCUAAUCCUUGAGGCUGUGUUUUGGAAGCAGUUCAAGAAAAGCCAAACAUCACAUACCCGCCAUAUUUGCAUGGUGAACAUAGCCCUGUGCCUCCUGAUUGCUGAUCUUUGGUUUAUUGUUGCUGUCACUGUGGACACCAUAACAAAUCCUCCUGGAAUCUGCAUUGCUGCAGUUUUCUUUACACACUUUUUCUAUCUCUCCUUGUUUUUCUGGAUGCUUACAUUGGGCAUCUUGUUGGCAUAUCGAAUUGUCUUUGUGUUCCAUCAAAUGGCUAUGCCCCAAAUGACGGCUGCUGGAUUCUGUUUGGGCUAUGGGUGCCCUCUCCUUAUAGCUAUCAUCACUAUUGCAGUCACACAGCCUAUCAAUGAAUACAAAAGAAAAGAUGUGUGUUGGCUUAACUGGUCAGAUGGGAGUAAACCUCUCCUGGCCUUCACUGUUCCUGUACUGACUAUUGUGGUUUUGAAUUUGGCUGUGGUGCUGUUAGUUCUCACAAAACUAUGGAGGCCUACUGUGGGAGAAAAGCUGAGUCAGGAUAACAGGACCACAUUUGUCCGCAUGGGCAAGAGCCUCCUCAUCCUGACUCCACUCUUGGGGCUCACUUGGGGCUUUGGCAUAGGGACUAUGGUGGACAACCAGAAUCUGGCCUGGCAUGUUAUUUUUGCGUUACUCAAUGCAUUUCAGGGCUUUUUUAUCUUAUGUUUUGGGAUGCUUUUGGAUAGCAAGAUGCGACAACUUUUAUUCAACAACUUGCCCCCUUUAAGCUCUUUGAAGCAAUCAUCAAAGCAAAACUCAUCAGAUUUAUCUGCUAACCCCAAAUUUAGAAAGCCUUUUAAUCCACUGCAAUACAAAGGCAUUUAUACAUUUUCUCAUACUGGAAAUUCAACAAAUGAUAUAAUACUGACUCAGUUCUUAUCAAGUGAAGGAGGCUGGGAACCAUAA